UUUCAUCACUCUAUCUUCUACAAUCCCGCCCAGAACACCAGAACCCAUGUCCUCCGACCCAAUAUCAUACACAUGCACCUGUCCGGCGUCCACAAAUGGCGGCUCCAUCCUGCUCUUCUACCGCUACUUUGCAAACGACCCCGUGCUUCCCCAAAGCCCACCAUCUCAACACAACAGCCCCCAAGAUUCCGUGAACCCCCAAUUGUCCCAAGACCCCGAAUCUCUCGCCACAUUCCACCGCACUCUCGCGUCCAGGCUCAACAUCGCCGGCAAAUUCCGCCUCUCGCACGAAGGCUUCAACAUCACCCUCGGCGGCCCCACAUCCUCCAUCACCCAGUACAUCGCCGCAUGUACCACGCACUGGAGCUUCGCCGGCCUAGACCUCUCCACCGACGAGCAAGUAGCACGCUUCUUCAAGCCCACACCCGGCUGCGCAUGUGCCUUUGGGCAGGUCCUCUCCGUGCGCGUGACGUCCGAGAUCACGCCCCUCGGCAUCACAAACUACUCGCCCGCGGACUGGAGCUGUGUCACGCCGCUGAGGCCGAGGGAGUUCCAUGAGAUGUGCCGACGCGGGGAUGUCAGGGUUGUGGAUGUGCGGAAUCAUUAUGAGAGUCGGAUUGGGUAUUUUGUUACGGGGAAGGGGGAGAGUGCGGUGCGGCCGGGCGUGAGGCGGUUUAGUCAGUGGCCUGGGUAUGUGGCGCGGCAUGUGCUGGGGGAUGAGGGCUGGAGUGGGAGGGAGGGGGUGUUGACGUAUUGUACUGGUGGCGUGAGGUGUGAAAAGGGGGCGAGGUGGAUGGCGGAGGUGAUGCAGAGGGAGAGGGAUGUGCCGGUGUAUACGCUUGAUGGCGGGAUUGUGGCAUAUCAGGCGUGGGUAAAGGGAGAGGUCGAGGCGGGGAGGAUGAGAGGGGAGGAGAGUUUGUUUAAGGGGCGGAACUACGUGUUUGAUGGGAGAGGGGCAAUCGGAGAGGGCGAAGGCAAGGCGGUAGCGGUGUGUCAAGGGUGCGGGGUUGGGGAUGAUAGACUGGGGAAGUGUAUUGGUGUCGGAUGUCAUCUGGUUCUGGUUGUUUGUGAGGAAUGCGACGGAAAUGGCGGUGUCUUUUGCUGCGACGAUUGUCGGGAGGUUGACGCAGAGACGGAGAAGGGCAAGGGACGGAGGAUAUGCGCGUGUGAGAGAGAGCGAGAGAAGAGUCUUUGGGGUGACGGGGGCGCUAGACUGGGUGCUUUGCAGCGCCGAAAGAAGACUAAAACUCAUGUGAAUCGAUAG